UUUGAACUGAGUUCAAGGCAAUUAAAGUCAAGGGCUAAGGAGGGGGAAGGUGAGGGGAGCUUAGAAAUAUCAGCCUAAUAAGCUGCCUGACGGGAGAAUUUGGCAAAUUAACUCAAUUAGACAAAGCCUGAUUUAACAGGGGGCAAGAGGAGGCUGAGGAGGGCUCCGCUCAUUAAACCUGGAUCUUCCAGGCGUUGCUAAUGGAAUAAGAUUUGUUUCGGCCGCUUGGGUCACAGAAAGCUAUCUGUGCCUGUGUACGUGUAUAUGUGCUCACAGACAGAGGUGCUGUGAUUCUUUGGGGCAUUACUUUGUUUUUCUAAGAGGAGAGAAAUAGAAGGCAUAACAAAAAUUGACUCUCAAACCAAGACCACCUUCCAUUCCAACAGAAACCCAUCCUACCCUGACAGUCAGACACUUGAGUGAACCAUCCAAGAAGUCACCUUAGAAGUCAAGGAGGAAGCAGGUUAGAAGUAAGGGAGUGGGAAGCCAUGUGGGCCUGGAGCUGGGGGCUUCUGCUCGCUUCCCUGGGCUGUGACAUCCUGCCUGGGGUCUGGGGACAGUUCCCCCGGGUCUGUAUGACAGUAGCCAGCCUGCUGUCCAGGGAGUGCUGCCCACCACUGGGCGUGGAGCUGGCCAACAUCUGCGGCUCCCAGGAAGGCCGUGGGCAGUGCACUGAGGUGCAAGCCGACACCAGGCCUUGGAGUGGCCCCUACGUCCUGCGAAACCAGGAUGACCGAGAACGGUGGCCGAGGAAGUUCUUCGACCGGACCUGCAAUUGCACAGGAAACUUCGCCGGCUACAACUGUGGAGAAUGCAAGUUUGGCUGGACUGGUCCCAGCUGUGAUCAGAAGAAGCCACCAGUCAUCCGAAAGAAUAUCCAUUCCUUGACUCCUCAGGAGAGGGAGCAGUUCCUGGGUGCCCUAGACCUGGCAAAGACCACCACCCACCCCGACUACAUCAUCACCACGCAGCACUGGCUAGGCCUCCUGGGACCUGACGGGAACCAGCCACAAAUCGCCAACUGCAGCAUUUAUGAUUUCUUUGUGUGGCUCCACUACUACUCUGUGAGAGACACAUUAUUAGGACCAGGACGACCAUACAAGGCCAUUGAUUUCUCACAUCAGGGCCCCGCCUUCGUGACCUGGCACCGGUACCAUUUGUUGUGGUUGGAGAGGGAUCUCCAGCGUCUCACUGGCAAUGAGUCCUUCGCUUUGCCCUACUGGAACUUUGCCACUGGGAAGAACGAGUGUGACGUCUGUACUGACCAACUAUUUGGGGCGGCGAGACCGGAGGACCCGACUCUGAUUAGCCAGAACUCCAGAUUCUCCAACUGGGAAAUCGUCUGUGAUAGCUUAGAUGACUACAACCGACGUGUCACACUUUGUAAUGGAACCUAUGAAGGUUUGCUGAGGAGAAGCCAGGUGGGAAGAAACAGGGAGAACUUGCCUACCUCAAAAGAUAUCCAAGAUUGUCUUGCUCUUACAACGUUUGACAGUCCUCCUUUCUUCCAGAACUCCACCUUCAGCUUCAGGAAUGCCCUGGAAGGGUUUGAUAAGGCAGAUGGGACCCUGGACUCUCCACUGAUGAGCCUUCAUAAUUUGGUUCAUUCCUUCUUGAAUGGGACCAGCGCUCUGCCACACUCUGCUGCCAAUGACCCCAUUUUUGUGGUACUGCAUUCCUUUACUGAUGCCGUUUUUGAUGAGUGGUUGAAAAGAUUCAGCCCCCCUGUGGAUGCUUGGCCUCUGGAACUGGCACCCAUUGGUCAUAAUCGGAUGUACAACAUGGUCCCCUUCUUCCCUCCAGUGACUAAUGAGGAAUUCUUUUUACCCGCAGACCAACUUGGCUACAGCUAUUCCAUUGAUCUGCCAGUUGAAGAAACUCCAGGUUGGACUGUAACUCUCUCAGUGGUUAUGGGAAUCCUGGUGGCCGUGGGGGUCCUUCUGGUGUUGCUGGUUCUCCUUCAGUACAGAAGACUAUGGAAAGGCUACGCUCCUCUACUCGAGGCAGAGUUCAGCAACAAGAGUUACACUGAAGAAGCCUAAAGUACUCAAGACUUACCCGGAAGGCAACGCUGGUCAAAUCCUAGUUCUGCGCCCAGCAAUGAACACAUCUUCACCGUUCUCCCUUUAGUGAAGGCUCUUUGGCAUCACUCCUCGUGAAUGUGGCGAUGUCUCCAAAUACGAACGUUGCUUAGGUGCUGUUUCUGGCUUGCUUGUUUAUUUCAAAUUAAAGUACUUGAGCCUAUCAAGCAA